AUGUCUAUUAAUUGUGUUCAACAAUGUUCAAUUUGUUUCGUUAAUGUUAAUGGAAAUAAUGGAUAUAUACGUCAUAUUCGACAAGUACAUAUAAAUGAUCGUCAAUUUGGUACACCUUGUGCUUUGUGCGAUUCAAAAUUUGUUUUUACUAAUUUAAAAUCAUUUAUUUCUCAUUUUCGUAAACAUAUGUUACAUUCUUUAUUUGACGAAAUACCUACACCAGAUCUAUGUGUUAAUCAUGAUAUUAUUAAUUCUGAUGUUAAUGAUGAUUUUGAAGAACAAUUAACAAUACCUGAAUAUGAACAAUAUGAACACUAUGAUCAAUUAGAAGAAAUAAAAAAAUUCUAUCUUAAAAUGUUAUUAAGAGUUCGUGAAGGUCAUAUACUACCUGGUGCUGUAAUGAAGACAAUCUCUUUAUCUGUUUGCUCAUUACUUGAAACAUUUUCAAUAUUCUUAUUAUCUAAAUUGAAUAUUAAUCUUGAUAAUCCUAUAUUACGUCAUGUUAAUGGUGAUAUUGAGAAAAUUCUAUUUGAAAUUUCAAAAAAUGAAGAGUCAUUUAUUUCUGAUUGUGAACUUUAUUUCAAAUUUAUUAAACCAAAAGAAAUACAAUUACCGACGGGUAAUAAAGCUUAUUACAUUCCAAUAUGUGACGUAUUGAUGUGUUUAUUUCAAAAAAAAGAUUUUUAUGAAUGCAUUAAAAGAGAAAAAAAAUAUAUAUGUCAGUUUGAUGGACAAGAUAUUAUUUAUCAUUAUCGAAAUGGAGAAAUAGGUCGACAACAUCGCAUUUUGAAAAUCAAAGAAAACACUAUAUUAUUACAAUUAUAUUGUGAUGAUAUAGGUGUAAUAAAUCCAUUGAUGGGAAAGAAUGCAGCACAUAAAUUAACAACAUUCUAUUUAUCUAUAGAUGAUUUACCAGCAUGUUAUAAUUCUUCGUUAAAUUUUAUACAUUUAUUAUUAUUAUUCUAUAGAAAAGAUUUUGAAAAUGAAAAUAAUCGUCAAAUAUUAUUUAAUCUAUUAAAUAAAGAUAUUGAAUGUUUAGAAAAUGAUGGUCUUAUAUUACCUGGUGAUAUAGCUCCUACUUAUUUUACAAUUAGUACUCUCUGUGCAGAUAAUCUAGCUGCACAUGAACUUGGUGGAUUCACUUGUUCAUUUAAUUCAGGUCGAUGUUGUCGAUAUUGUCUUAUACAUCAUAAAGACAUGAAAUAUGUUUACAGAGAGGCAGAUGUUUUAAUUCGUACAGCUGCAUCACAUGAUUUUCAUGUGAAACAUAUUGACAAUGUUCCUAAUGAUAAAUCGUUAUAUGGUGUUAAUGAAAAAUCAAUUCUUUCUACACUAUUAUCAUUUAAUCCAAUUACCUCCCUACCUCCAGAUAUCAUGCAUGAUAUAUUGGAGGCAGGACGAAAUCGACCACCAACAUUUAAAGAAAAAGAGAUUCAUGAUAAACGAGUUCCUGGUAAAGCUAUGGAAAAAUAUUGUUUAUUUUUAAAUUUACCAUUUAUAUUAAUGGAUAUUGUUGAUCGAAUACCUUAUUGGUUUUUAUAUGAAUUACUACGACAGAUAUGGGAUAUUCUAUAUAGUGAUUAUCCAAGAAAAUCUUGGCUUCCAACUCUUGAAGACUUAAUUCAAGAAUUUUUACAAUUAUUUCAAACGAUUUUUCCAGAACAAUUUAUUCCAAAAUGUCAUUUUCUUCUUCAUGCUGCACGUAAUACUGCUAAAUAUGGUCCAUUAAAACGACAAAUGAAUUUACGUUACGAAUCAAAGCACCAUUUAUUAAAAAAGAUUGCAAAUAGGUGUAAUAAUUAUAUUAAUUUGCCGUGUACCAUAUCCAAGCGUGUACAACUACGUCAAUGUUAUGAAUUAAUGGAGGAAAAUAUAUUUAAAUGUAGUGGUAUUAGUGGUAAAUUUCAUUCACGACGAAAAAUAAGUUUUAGAAAAGAAAUACAAAAUUCAUUACGUGAUGAUUAUUUAUUUGAUUAUGAUGAACUGAUAGAAUAUGUUAAAUGGGUGUCUAUGGAUUGGUCGAAUGAUGAUGUUUCGAGAUGGUUGAUCGAUAACGGAUUUAGUAAAUAUGUAGCUAAAUUUAAAGAAGAAGAAAUCGAUGGAUUAUCUUUAUUAAAUUUAAGUCCAACAUCGAUUGAGGAAUUAUUAUCAAUCAUUACCGACGAUAAUGUGAUAAAAAAACCAACUAUUGGGCUUAAAACAACAUUUAAUAAAAAACUCAUACAAUUAAAAGAAAACGUUUUUUCGAAUCAUAAUACAAUUAUGACAUUAAAUGAAAAGCAAUCUGAUAUACUGAUUGAACAAUUACGCACAAAUCAAUCAAAUAAUUUAUCAUUUUUCGAUGAUUUUCGUAUUGAUAAUGAUAAUGAUAGUAUUGAUCAGCAACACAGUUUAACAAUAUCGAGUUCAGAUUUAAAUACAUCAAGUUCAUCUUUCGAUCAAAUUCCAACAAUAACAACUUCUCCAUUAUCUCGUGAAGUAUUACCUGAUCGAAUAAUUAAUCAAACAUCGAGUGAUAGUGUAGCAAAUUCGUUACCUCAAUUAAGAAAAAAAUUUCCAUUAAAUUAUGUACUUCCAUCAUUUAGUAGAGCAUUUGUAGAAGCUGCUGAAGAUCCAUCAUUAGCUAAUUUUGGACCACGAUGUACAAUGAAACAACAAUUAGUUAAAACAAUUCGUGAUGAUGUAGUAAAUACGUAUGGUAUUGGCUUUUAUCCAACAGCAUAUGAAUUUGAUCGAAUGGUAGUAAGUGUUAAAAAUAAAAUUCCAACACUCACUAAAAUAUUUGGUGAAGAUAUGAGUGUAUUAACAUCUGCAUUAAAACAACAAUUUUCUCGUGAUCGAAAAGCAUCCAAUUGUUUAUCAGAAGUAUUAGAAAAAAAACGACAAUCAUAUGGUCAUCAAUCAUCAGGAAGAAAAUUGAAAUUUAUAAAACUUGAACUUGCUUCUCGACGAGAAUAUAUUGUUGAAGAAAAUCAACAGCCACAAGAAUUAUUAAUGCAAUUGUAUCAACACGCUGAAUCAAUGCGUGUUAUGAUCAACACAACAAAUUAUGAUUAUAGUCAAGUUAAAUCAAAAAUGGAUGCAACAUAUUCACAUCGUAAACAACUUGUCCAAGAGAUGAAGCCUGUCAAAGAUAUUGUUGAAUUAUAUCCAGCUUUAGCAAUAACCAAUUUGUUAAUUCGUGAAAUUAAUCUUCGUUGUGAUCCAUUUGGUGGCGAUAUUGUUAAAACAUUAACAUCAGUAUGUACAAAAUUAAUUAAAUAUGUUGACCAUCCUCGGAAAGAAGAUGUUCGUGAAGAACAACCAUUUUUUAUUCUGGAACAUUUGAUAAUGAAACGUUUCAAACAUUCAAAAAAAUUGUUAUUAAAUCACGAAGUAAUUGAUGCUCAUCCUAUGAUACAAAUACAAUCAAUUGACAAAUUUAAAGAUUAUGCUAUUAUUAUUGAAUAUAAUCGUCUUAUUUCAACAAAUUCACAAGUUGAAGCAAUGGCUAUUUUAAUUGGGUCAUAUGAAAUAUUUAAUAUAGAAUAUCCAUCAAAAAUACGUGCAACAUUAGAAGUUCUCAAUGGUUUAUCAUUCACAAAAAGAUCGUUUUGCGUAUCAUUAGCUGCUAAACGGUUUUUGAAUGGACAUAAAGUAAAUAACUCAUCAUCAUGCAAUAUUUAG